CCGUAGCUCGGCUCCAUAGGUAGCUUGCACUGGAUUCCACGUACUCAGCAGCUAGCAACAGGUCAGUGCUCCUCCUCGAGCUAUGCGAAAGACUAUAGAAAUUAUAUGCUUGUAUGGUGCCUCUCUUGUUUCUUUCCUCCUCUGCAUCAGUUUGGGCAAGCAGACUAGCAGACUAAUCUAGUGUCUCUGUGACUCACUACAGUCUACGGCGCUUCAGGGGUCUGCACGCUCGGUCUAGCCUGCAGCUGAAGCCCAGCUGUCGUGUGGAGCCGGCAAUUUGCUUUUUGACAAGAGCGACAAGGACUGUGUAGUGCGACCAGUAUCUGUAGAUGAACAUCCCCGAGAGCGGCAAGCGGCGCACUAGCGGUGCCAGCCGCGCGUCUCAUCACUCACAGCCAUCCUCUUAUAUCGAUGGACUUGCCUCCUCGCUACGGCGCGCGAGCGGGUUUGAGGCGGUCGAUACGCGACAGCGAAGAAACUCUUCACGCGCUUCUGGCUCCCCUGGAGACAAUCUCGAGGCGAACGGGCGGUCAGAUGCGGCUGUUUCAAGGCCGUAUAUUUACAAGCACUUGGAUCGGCAGCCUAGUGCGAUUGAUGAAGAAGCAGUGGUGGUCGUCGACGAAACCUCUGCACUACUGCCUUCAACUGGCGUUGAUGAGCGGCAUCCUUCAAGAGCACUGUCUGAUAUAUAUGACCAGGAUGUAUUGGAUCUUGUGCUUGAAGCUAAGUCUACCCUUGCGCAGACAAUCUUCAAUAUUAUCAAUCUCCUGAUUGGCAUUGGCCUAUUGAGCUUGCCUUUGGCCAUCAAGCAUGCCGGAUGGGUUUUAGGCAUCCUCUUCCUCAUGAUUGGUGCAGUCAUCACGGCCUAUACAGCAAUCUUGCUUGCACGCUCACUCGAGACGAGCGAUACUGCGUAUGCUUACAGCGAUAUUGCUGCCCUUGCUUAUGGACCAGCGGCGACUGUAGCUACUGCCAUUAUCUUCAUGCUCGAGCUACUUGCUGCUGGCUCUGCGCUCGUCAUCCUCUUUGGAGACAAUUUCAACGCAGUCGUUCCACAAGUGUCUUCGUUGCUGUUCAAGAUUAUUUGCUUCAUCAUCUUGCUGCCAGCAGCCUUGUUGCCGCUUCGGAUUUUGAGCUAUACGUCUGCUAUUGGCAUUCUAUCAACCCUUAUUCUUAUUGGCGUCAUCUUUUUUGAUGGUUUGUACAAGACUAAGCAUCCAGGAUCGCUUCGAGACCCCAUGCCAACAGAAGUCUUGCCAGGUCCAUCGUGGCCCUUGGCGAUAGGUUUGCUCAUGUCUGGGUUUGGCGGACAUGGCAUUAUGCCUCAAAUUUACAGGGAUAUGCAAAAUCGCAGAGACUUUCCCAAAGCUGUCAUCAUCGCAUACUUGUUCUCAUGCGCCAUCUGCUUGUUUGUGGCAGUUAUUGGCUACCUCAUGUUUGGCGAGGAUAUUCAAGCCGAGGUAACGGUCAAUCUCUUGCGCAUCAAGCGGUAUCCUCGCGUCCUCAACCAAAUUGCGGUUCUAAUGACUGCCAUUACGUCUGUCACAAAAGCACCUUUGGCAAUCAAGAGUAUCUCUGCCAACAUUGACAUCUUCUUCGGCCUCAAAACUUUGCGAGAAGAGCGUACACGCGGUCCUGGUCGCGUCACGCUCUAUGUCGCCAUUCGGUCUGGCGUCAAUUUUCUGACUUGCAUGCUCGCCAUUCUCGUACCGAGUUUUGAUCGGAUCAUGUCAGUGCUUGGGUCUGCCUUUGUCUUUCUCAUUAGCGUCAUCUUGCCAGUCAUCUUUUACAUGCGCAUCAUGCAGUCCAAGUUGACCAUUGGCAACAGACUUUGGCUUUGGGGCUUGGUUGCGAUAUCGACAGUAUUGGCCUUGAUUGGUACAGUAUGGGCUUUCCUGCCGAUGCAGAAUGCUAUGCCAUGAUAUAUAGCUUCAAUAAUGUAAAUGUAUAUUGGAUUCACU